CAUUCGCUCUUCAUUCCCUUGGCCUCAGGUAAUCCAGUUAAAGCUCUAAUUUUUCAUGUGCCCAAAGGCGAUUGAGGAUGACAGCAAGUGCAAUUGCCACGUGAAAAAACCACCGGUGGUGUCGAAAAUUAAAAAAUCACAUCAACAGCCUCUGGAUGAUGUUGAACGAGGGGAAAGACGAAUCGACGAGAAAUGUUGAUUAUCAAAAUUCGCCCAGCGACACCGAAAGCUGCAACGUGGCGAGUGAAUCGCCACGAAAUCCAUCGUUAGAGGAGAGAAUCGCCAGCAAGAUGUUGUCUUACUCACGUGAAACGAUUUGUUUAUUCAUCGGAAUCUUCACAUUUGGCAUUGCAUUCGCAGCAUUGCACACAGCGGCCCCCAGGGUCUCCAAGCCGCCGCUGGCUCGACCAUUUUUUAAUGAAAAUUCAAUGGUCAUUGACUUCUACAAGGGACAAGUCAGUGCAAUGAUCGAACGAGUCUCCGAUUCUGAUUUCUGUUUUGUUAUGUAUUAUGCACCCUGGGAUGCUCAGUCCCAAGCUGUCAGGGAGGAGUUUGAGAUUGUUGCUCGUCAAUAUCAUUCACAGGUGUUCUUCUCCGCGAUAAACUGCUGGCAUCCAGGUUCAGAGUGUCGAGCUCAGUACCCAAAGAUCCGCAGCUACCCUCUUCUGAUUCUUUAUCCUCUCCGAGGGACAGGGGUGCAGUAUAAGAGCGUCCCCACAGCCCCCUACAUGCUGGCAUUUCUCCGGAGUUACCUUCAUCCCCUCACUCGAAUUUCCACGGAGGAAGACCUCCAGGAGCUGCUGCCACACCCAGUAUUCGUAGGAUUCUUCAACUUUAGCAGUUUGUCCAUGAGCCCAGGGUAUCAGGAGUUUUACAGAGCCUCAGUGCGUUCCCUGGAGCUCGAUCCAAAUCGAGAGGUGAAAUUCGCAGUUGCCACGUCACCAUUGAGCAUCAGCCCUUCCCCUCUGCCCUCAGUGAGUUUCUAUCUCUGGAAUGAGACGCUGAUCUACCCAUCGACGAGUCCCUGGACAUCAGAUAGUCUCCUGCAAUGGCUGGAGGCAUCAAUUCACCGGGUCUCCGCGUGGCUGCAGCCCCCAGGCACCAAAUCCCUCACUCUGGCCCCUCACCUCUCCUCGGGACCUGUCAUUCUGAUGUUCACCCCCAGGAAUCCUCUUCACCCCUCCAACUACAAUUACAACCUCCUCCAGGAAGUUGCCCUGGAGUAUCACGACUGCGAGAGCCUCUGGUGGACACAAAAACUCAUCGACAAGCUGCGAAAAGAGAGACAGACCUCGAAGAAAAAUUACCUGGAGAUGAUUCAGAGGUGUGCAGAGCUGUCGAACAGCAACGAGAGCCCCAUCCCCUUGAGUAUUUCCCUCCAACGAUGGGUCAACGACAGUUGUUGUGCCAAAAUUUUCAUGAACAAGUGCCUCCUCUGCAAGAGGAGCCUAGAGCACUCUGGAGGUGUGUGCAACAGCCCUGAAAGCCUCCAGGACAUUUGCAGUCAGAAGGACGUCUUCAGGGUGAGAAAUGAGGGGGAUUUCGAGAAAAAUCUCUGUUGCGAUGACGACCCACGAGAGUCUGCGGCCUCUGCAGCAUCUUCUGGAGCACCUGGGGGAGCUAGAAAAUUUUCUUCAUCGAUUAUCACGGGGGAGGACGACCCCCGGUCGCCAGAGAACGUCAGGAAACGCCUGGCAGAAGAGAGCUGUAAAUUUCUUCUGUUGGGAAACAAGUAUCAACCCCCAAUAUUUCCAGUUGUCCUGGAAGGUGACGAGAGGAGGCUGGAGGCUGCUUGCACCACCAACAAGUCCCUGACGUUCCUUGCAAUUGACAGUCUGAGGUAUUUUCAUUUUGCCGAGGCCCUGGGAAUUGAUCUCCUGAGGAUUCAGGACAAAACAGCUGUCGUUAUCCUGGACUCUGCUCAGGAGAGUCAGUAUCUCCUGGAGGGACCCCUAGGGAGGGCUGUUCUCGUCAGGUUCGUCCAGGAGUUCAACAAUGCUACCCUCAAGAGGAACCUAAGGUCUGACUCCAGCAGAAGAUACGCCCGGGACUUCCAGCCUGUUUAUCAGUGCAGGGAACAGCCUCAGGAUCAGGUCUGCGUCCAGGAGCUCACCACUGAAAAUUUUCUUGGGGUCGUCAUGGAUCCAGAGAGGGAUGUCGUAGUUUUUUAUCACUCACCGUACUGCGCCUUCUGUGGUGCCGUCAGUUAUGUAUUUCUUACAGUCGCUCGAUAUCUCAAGGGAAUGAGUAAUCUCGCAUUCGUUAGAAUCGACGGGGAUAAUAAUGAUUUGCCUUGGGAGUACAGCAUGAAUCGCUAUCCGGCGGUUCUCUUCUUUCCGGCUAAGAGAAAAGAGGACAGUACGGUGUAUCCAUUCACCCUGCCGAUAACAAUUCCAAAUCUAUUAAAUUUCGUUCUCGCUAAUUUAAACGAUGAUUCACACAUCGAAGCUCUCGUGAAUGUGUGUCACACUGGAGCUGGUGAGCCACCAAAAGACUGCGUAGCUAGAAUACGAAGGCUGUGCCUGGAUAUUAUUCAUAAUCAAUUGGCUAUUUACCGGAAGCUGCGGAGGCAGAGGCAAUACCUCUCCAAGAUGACGAUAUCUAACAAGAGGAGGGAAAUAUCACGACGCCUCGAGCUUGUUCGAGAGAUCCACCUGAUUCUCAGUUCAGUGGACGACCUGGAGACUGAUCUGGAAAAAUUUUCCAAAAUUCUCCAAAAAUUCCGCGCCUACAGGAGGCCAAAGAAAAUUGCCAGUGAGACCUGUGAAAUCUCACGUGGAGAAGCUAGAGAUAAGAGGCGAAUUGGAUCUCUGAGGGACGAGUUAUGAUGACAAGUUUUUAUAGAAAAUUCGAGGAAAAUGUACAGUUAUGUAAUGAAGUCAGAAGUGGAAAGGAGAUAAUUCGGAUUUAAUAUAUUUAAUUAUCGAUUUA